CGCCGGAGAGGGCCGGCCAGCCAGUUCGUACGGACUUUUCGCAACAGUCAGACGUGCGCGCACCAUUCGUCGUCGUGACGUCACCGCCGGAGUCUCGUUGUCGUCGUCCGCGAGUUUGCGUAUAUUUUUAUCCGAUGCAAUUUUCGCACCCGUCCCCCUUCCAAAAUCGGUGGAUCAGACGCAUUUUUGUCGUCAACCCAUACGUUUUCCACAUUGUCUCGUGUCAAUAACAAUAUUAUUUACCCGUCGUAUUAUUAUUGUUAUUAUAUUUUUGUUUUCGAUAUGCUCGUAGUCUGCACUGGUGUCGACUGAUCGUGCAGUCUUGUCUGAAUUGCCGUUUCUUGUCGGUAGGCGAAAAGGACGAGCGCGUUUCACCCGAUAUAAUUCACGUCGUUCGUUGCCGGGGCAUAACGUGCGUUAUUAUUUGCUAAUAACGACAUGAUCAUUAUAACCUAAAACAGAGAUACCGUUAUACCCGCUGUUAUAUUUUAUAAUAAUCGACGCGAUCAUGUUGUUAUAUCAUAAAAUAUGGCCACGGGAAAAGCGCGUUUCUCGCGAAAAUCACCACCGGCGAUAAUGCCGUGUGCGCAGCGGACAUCGAUUGCGACGGCUACAGCGAUAAUAACAACAAUAAACGGCGGCAACAGAAACAACGACAACGCGACAACAAUGACGACGGUUGCAAUAACCGGUGCAAAAGUUAUAUUAUCAGUACCGUAGUAGUCGGGGCGCCGGCACAUUAGAAAAGAUCGCGGUCGUCGUUAAAGCGCGGAAUGAUAAACGAUCGUAGUCGGCCAUGAACACCGUGCAGAGUUCCCACGGAGGUGGUGGAUCCGGCAAGGAAAAAGGCAUCGAGGAAUUGGUCGUAAUCACGCCAAAUGAGCGAAACUGGCGCGGUAUUCUUAUCGCGCUUUUGGUCAUUGUAGCUGUUUUGGGCUUGAUAGUAUUCUUUAUUGUCCUACUGUCACCGCCAUACAAAGGUCCUAGGAAUCUCGGAAGCAAGUUUACGGUCGAUCAAAUUGCCGGGGACACAUUCAAAGCUCCUUCUUUUAAUGGCUCGUGGAUAUCAAGCGUGGAGUUGGUGGUUCGAGACGCACAAGGUGGCGUCAGCGUAUACAAUGUCGAAACAAACAAACACAGGGUACUCCUCACGAGUUCGUCUUUUAAACGAGUGAACGCGAAUGAAUUUCAAACGUCAAGCGAUCAAAACUACGUGCUGCUGGUAUCGGACGAGAAAAAAAUUUACACGAACACGCGGGAGGCCAAGUAUCACGUUUUUGAAGUAUCAACCCAAAAUGGCGUACCACUUAUGACUGCCUCCAAAACAGUGGAUGAUGGCGAACAGAUUUACAUACAAAAAGCGCAAUGGUCACCGACGGGUAGUGGACUGGUGUUCGUGCACAAAAACGAUUUGUACUAUAAAAUCCACGGUAACCGGCACAGUAGAGUUCUCAGGAUCACGGAUACGGGUUCGUCGACCGUGUUCAAUGGUAUACCGGAUUGGCUGUAUCAAGAAGAAAUUUUCAAAUCCGAUAAGGCGUUUUGGUUUUCACCAUCUGGACGGUACUUAGCGUACGUGACAUUCAAUGAUUCAUUGGUUGGCGAAUACAAAUAUCCAGUAUACAACACUAGAUUCCAGUAUCCGUAUUAUCAGUCUUUAAGAUAUCCAAAGGCUGGAACCCCAAAUCCAACAGUGACUGUAUGGUUGAGAGAUCUGAAAAACGAUAGUUUAUCAAAUGUUACGCUAUUGCAAAAACCACAAGCAUUACAUACGGAAAGUGAACCUUAUUUAAUGCAUGUCAAGUGGGCAAAUGAAAAACGUAUUGGAGUUGUUUGGAUGAAUAGAAAACAGACAAUAAUGGUGAUAUCUGUCUGCUCGGAGCCAAACUGGGAGUGUCAAGACUCCUACGUGGAGAAAAUCGGUGAUGGAAAGGGAUGGUUGGAAAACACCGAAGUCGUGUUCAAUGAGGAGGGCACUAGUUACUUGGCAAUAUUACCUGUACUUGACGGUCCACGCGGCACAUAUCCACACAUCUGCCAUGUGGAUAUAUUCACAAAAAUCGUACUGCCGCUGACGAGUGGAAGUUUUUGCGUCGUCCGAAUCGUCCAAUGGGACCAAACGAACCAAGUUAUAUACUUCGAAGCGAUACCAGAAGGGAAACCGUCGCAACGGCAUUUGUACAAAGUGCCGGAUAACGUUAACAGCACAGCGGGCUGGGAAUGUUUGACAUGCCCUCCGAACGGACCGAAAAAAAAUACUUCCAAAAUGGACACGAUGAGUUCGGAUAUCAGCGAUUCGUUCCGGUUAAGUCUUAAGGGAUUGGAGUCUUCGAAACUACCACAAGAUUCGUGGCCAGUGAGGACAAACUCGUGUCUAUAUGUCCGAUCUCAUUUUUGUCGGUACCCGAAUUCCAAAUACUACGUUUUAGAAUGUUUAGGUCCUUUAGUGCCCAAAGUGAUAUUAAUGAACCUGCAGAUAAAUCAAAAAGUAAUGAUAUUAAACAAUUAUACAGCACUGGCAGCUAAAUAUUCUACAAUGGCUAAACCUAACAUACAAAUAAUGCAGGUGGAGGUUGAAAGCGGAUUCAUCGCUCAAACCAAGUUGAUGCUUCCUCCUGCGUUUAAAGAAUACGACGAAACCGCGUUUCCGUUUAUUUUAUACAUUAAAGGAAAGCCUGGCACUCAGUCGGUUACCGAAGAGUGGUCUGUAGAUUGGGCCACGUACUUGUGCAGCAACAAGAAUAUUAUCAUCGCCAUAAUCGACGGUCGUGGAACACUAGGCCAGGGCGACAGAUCCAGAACGUCCAUUUACUAUAAAAUGGGAACCACGGACAUCCAGGAUCAGCUUACAGUUUUAUUGUACCUUAAGGACACGCUGAAAUUUAUAGACAAAGACCGUAUUGGAAUUUGGGGCAAAGGAUACGGCGGAUACGCCACUGGAAUGAUACUGGCCAAACGACCAGAAGUGUUUCGAUGCGGCAUUGCGACGUCACCAAUUACGAAUUGGGCGCAUUUCGAUUCGGCUUGGACUGAAAAGUUGAUGGGCACCCCAAAUGUGACAGACAAUUAUCGCGGAUACGAAGACUCGGAUUUAAGUAAAAAGGCAAUUACAUUGGAUAAAAAACUGUUAAUGUUAAUUCAUGGCAGUGCAGAUGAAACGGUCCAUUAUCAGCAUAGCAUGAUGCUGAUUAGGGCAUUAACAGAAAAAGGAAUAUUAUUCAGACACCAAACAUAUCCAGAUGAAGGACAUACUUUCGAUGGAUCGACUAAACAUUUAUUGCAUGCUAUGGAACAUUUUUGGGACGAGUGUUUCGGUCCAUUGGAUUUUGAUGACUGGGACGAGAGCUUAAACUUUUUUGCUUUUACGCAGUAAUACUAAAUACAAACCAGUUCAACCCAGUGAUGUAUUUAUGACUGGAGGCUAGCAGUUAAUACUCCUAAAGAAUUACUCAUAUUCCUAUAUUAUUUUUAAACUUACACAGAAAAAAAAUUGAAUAUUGUUGAUAACAUUUUUUUUUUCUUGUUUAAGAGCAUUUGUUAUAUUACGUUGAUAAAGUAUGUUAUUUAUAAUA